UUGGCUCCUAAGUUUUUCAGGGUUAUCACAUUUCAGGGUAAGAAACUGCCCGCUUAACUUGAGAGCUGGUAGUCUGUGGCAUUAGAAUACCUUCUUGCUUUAAAACUCGCUACAGGCUAUCAGCCGUUUCUGAAUGGUAACAAAAUCAACCAUCAAUUUCACGUCGACUAAGGUGGUUCGAGGAAAAAAAAACUAAAGCGGCUUUCCAAAAAGUUAUUUUUAUGCUUUUAUUUUGAAAACCCAAAAACGGAAAUGGCUCUGGACAACAAAUCGCAUUUCUUCUUCUUGUGCUGACUACGUGCUGAUUUAUUUCAUUACUAAUCUUUUAAAAAAUCAAAUUGAGUGACCGGUACGAAUAACCUACGCUGUGAUUUUCUUUCUAUCGCUGUAGCAUUCUGUCGUGGUUUCCGGUAACCUCUAUUUUUGCAUCGUUCUUGUUUGCGCCAUCAUGCUAGCCUCUUAAACCAGCUAAAGUAAAGGGAGGCAACAUAUACAUCAUGUUGGUCCCCAUUUUCACCCUCAAAUUGAGCCAUAAAAUUAACCCUCGCAUGGUGACUGUAGGCAAAUUUGAUGGCGUCCACCCGUGCCUCACUGCAGCAACACAAGCUGGAAAGGUUUUUAUUCACAACCCUCACACUCGUGCUCAAAAACCUGCCAGUCACCGACUGAGUCAAAGCACCCAAGAUUCGGACAUUUCCCUUCUCAACAUCAACCAGGCAGUGACUUGUCUGACUGCAGGUACUCUGGGCCCAAACACUACUGGUGAUACAUUGUUGGUGGGAUCUCAGACCAACCUGCUGGCCUAUGAUGUCCAUGACAAUACAGAUGUAUUCUACAAAGAGGUGUCGGAUGGCGCUAAUGCAAUCGUACUGGGGAAACUCGGGGAAAUCCCGAAUCCUCUUGCCAUCAUUGGAGGGAACUGUGCCUUACAAGGAUUUGAUUAUUUGGGCAAUGACCUCUUCUGGACUGUAACGGGAGAUAAUGUGAGAUCACUUGUACUCUGUGACUUCACUGGGGAUGGUAAAAAUGAGCUCCUGGUUGGAUCUGAGGAUUUUGACAUCAGGGUUUUCAAAGAGGAUGAGCUUGUGUCUGAGAUGACUGAAAAUGAAACCGUAACAUCACUGUGUCACAUGCACAGUAGCCGAUUUGGUUACGCCCUGGCUAAUGGCACUGUUGGAGUCUAUGAUCGCAAUUCUCGGUACUGGAGGAUCAAGUCUAAAAAUCAUGCAAUGAGCAUCCACGCCUUUGACUUGAACGCUGAUGGGGUGGUGGAGCUCAUCACUGGCUGGUCCAACGGAAAGAUUGAUGCCCGAAGCGACCGCACAGGCGAAGUCAUUUUUAGAGACAACUUCUCCUCCUCUGUGGCUGGAGUGGUAGAGGGAGACUACAGAUUGGAUGGGCAGAAACAACUUAUCUGUGCCUCUGUAGAGGGAGAAGUUCGUGGCUACCUGCCUGCUGGAAAAGAGUUGAAAGGCAAUCUCAUGGACUCCAGUGCUGAACAGGACCUCAUUCGAGAGCUCAGCCAUCGCAGGCAGAAUCUACUGCUGGAACUCCGCAACUAUGAAGAGAACGCGAAGGGUGUGUCGGACAGCACAGCUGGGGGGAUUCCAGCCAAUACUCAGCUCCAAACAGCUCUCACAGUAAGAGCUGCGACUGAGGUCCAGAAAGCACACGUGGAGCUUUGCAUCACAACACCAAAUGAAACCAUAAUCCGUGCAGUACUCAUCUUUGCGGAAGGCAUUUUCGAGGGGGAGAGCCAUGUUGUUCACCCCAGUGUCCAGAACCUUUCAGGUUGUGUUCGAGUCCCUAUCGUGCCUCCAAAAGACAUACCAGUAGAUUUGCACGUCAAGGCCUUUGUUGGUGGGAAAACUAGCACCCAGUUCCACGUAUUUGAAAUCACCCGGCAGCUGCCCCGUUUCUCCAUGUAUGAUAUCACAGUUGACCCCACAGCUCCUCCUCCUACCGGAAGAGUUACGUUCACUAUCAAUGACCGGCCACAGCGUGUUGCAAUGUGGCUGAACCAAAACUUCUUACUUCCUGAGGGUGUCGAUAGUCCUGAUGUUACUUUUAAUGCCCUUCGUGGAGGGGGACUGUUAAGCAUCAGCAUGGCGACUAACGGACAGAUCACUCUGAAAACUGAUGAUAUCGACCUGGCUGGAGAUUUGGUCCAAUCACUGGCCUCUUUCCUGGCAAUUGAGGAACUAUCAGCAGAGGCAGACUUUCCAACUUAUUUUGAGGAGCUUCAAACUACACUCACUGAGGUGGACGAGUUUCACGCUGUUCACCAGAAGCUAACUGCGGAAAUGGCAGACCACUCUAACUACAUCAAGCACAUGCUUGUUCAAGCAGAAGAUGCUCGCUUGAUGGGUGACAUGACUUCCAUGAAGAAGCGUUACAGAGAACUUUACGAUCUAAACCGAGACCUUGUCAGCGAGUACAAAAUUCGCUCGAAUAAUCACAACGCUCUGCUAGGCUGCCUCAAGUCUGUCAACCAAGCAAUCCAGCGAGCUGGCCGACUUCGAGUGGGUAAACCAAAGAGCCAAGUCAUCUCAGCAUGUCGGGAUGCCAUUAAGAGCAAUAAUGUGAGCGCACUCUUAAGGGUCAUGAGAGCUGGUGUGGCUGCCUCUUGAUAGUGGUGCAAGGCAGGGAUAGUAGACAACGAAGAGAGGACCACACCUCUACUGUGAAGCAUUUGUUCCUUCACCAACAUCGAUGGGAAGACAGAAGGGAUUGUGGGAUUGCCGGGCAAACAAUUCAGCACAAUUAAGAAACUUUCUGAAAAUCAUCGAUGCCAGUCAAGUGCUCUGUGUCACGAGUGUAGCUUUUUUUUUUUUAACCAAGUGUGAACAAGAGAGCAAACUCGGUAGAGAGCAAACUGGGUAAAUGUUUUAAUCUUAGAACCUGGCUAGCCCAAUUUUAUAGCAGUGGUAUUGAAUAUAUCGAGGUCAUGCUGAGAAGUGAGAACCAAGCAUCACGUUUUUCUCAAAUUGGUAGUGCUCAGUCUGUUAAAGAUGUAGUGUAGCAAGUUGGUUCAUAUGGAUUUGUGUCUUUAUUAUAUACAGUAUAUAUUAAAAAAAAAAAAAAAAAAAAAAGUAAAAAAACGGUGCUUCAAUCAAAAUAUAUAUUUUCAAUCGAAAAAAAGUCACUUCAAUCAAAAAAAAAGUGUUUGCAAAAAUAAAAUUGAAACUAAAAAAAAAAAAACAUUUACAUUUUUUUUUUAAUUGAAACGACUUUUUGAUUGAAGUAGCCUAGUGUUGCUUUGAGUUUGGGCCACAUUUUGGGUUUUGUCUUUAUAAUUCAAUCAAAAAAAUAAGUUGCCUCAAACAAAAUAAAAAUAUUUUCAAAAUAAAAAUCACUUCAGUCAAAAACAAUCAAUCAUAGAAAAAACGUUUUUGAAUGCAAAAAAAUAUUUGAGACUCAAAAUUUGCAUUUGAACACUUAAUUUGUCAUUGAAAAUGUUUUCUUUAAUUAAAAUAAUCCUUUUUGUGUUUGGGCCAUAUUACUGGUAGGAGUUGUAGGACAUUUGUGUCUAAAUCAUUUAAUCCCCAAAAAAGUUGCUUCAAUAAAAUAUAUAUUAACAGUCAAAAAAAAAAUAAAAUUAUGCAAAAAUAAAAUUAUUUUUGUUAGAUUUUUUUUUUGUUUUUUUUUCGAUUGAAGUAAAAAAAAAAAAAAAGUUUUGAACUACCUUUUUUUGAUUGAAGUGGGAAAAAGUUUUGAAUUCCUUUUUUUUUUUUUUUUUUUUUUUGGAUUGAAUCAUUUUGACACAAAUGUUGCACUUCGCUAUUGGUCAGGCAUGUUUGAGUGACAAGUGGCUACACCAAUGGGGUAUGUCUGAAAAGCUUGAAGAAGCAAGAAUCAUGGCCACCACUCGUCGGGUCGGCAACAGCCGUCAGCUACAAAGAAUUUCUUAUUUGUCAUGUUAAACAUUAAAAAGGUUGCACUAAAUGGAGACCACACGCGAAGGAAAUAUUUGAUUUAAAAAAUGUCUAGUUGGUUUGUUAUAGUCGCAUCCCCAGCCAAUAAGGGCAUCUUUGUAAAGUAAUUGGAGAGUGCAUCUUUUGAUGCAACCAGCAUGAUCAUCCACACUUCCUUGCUUUCCUCCCCAAAAAUUCCAGCUGCAAGCGAGUAUGUGUCAGUGGUCACAUGUAACUUUAGAAGGGGACGUUUUAGCUGAAUUGAGCCAUUUAAAUGGGUUUUGAAAGUUAUGGGGAGUUUAUCCAUAUGCCUGACAAGAUUACCAGGCCAUGUUUCACAUUUGUAAAAGAAAUACCUAAUUAUGGCUGAAUCUCAUGUACUAUUUCAAAAACAACAAAAAACCUAGCUUUGACUGUUAUACCGAGUCCACAGUGGGAGCAUUGUACUUGUGUAUUUUUAGCACUGUAUUCAUAGCCAAAGAAAACAUCGUGAGUUUGGUGUCACAGAUGUGUUUACCUUUUCUAAAUUAUAAAUUUGUUAUUGUCCUUUUGUCAAGAUUAAAUGGUGUGGUUUAAAUUUUGUGUAACUG